GGCAGAAACCAAACAGGAAGUGGGGAAAAAUAAAACCUUUGACUAUUCCAUUUUUCUGAAUUUGGCAUUUCCCCUCCAUUUUUCUGCACUCAAUCUCCUUACCAUCUCCUCCAUUAACCAUCUUAAAGUUUGUAGGAAGAUCUAGAAGAAAUCUGGAUUAAAAAUGGAGGGUCAUCAUCCUUAUUCUCCAAAAGAUCUGAACUUGCCUGGAUUUGUCCCUAAUUUUCUUUCUGCUUCUGAAAUUUUGGGUGUUUUUGGUUUUGCUACUGUCAUUGUUUUCUCCGUCUCAUGGAUUCUCCCUGGUUUGUUUUCAAAGACAACAAAACUUGAAAGAUUGCUCAUAUGCUGGUUUACUAUCACUGGUCUAAUACAUAUGGUUGUUGAGGGAUACUUCGCUUUCUCACCGGAUUUCUACGAGGACAAGAAUGGAUUUUUCUUGGCCGAAAUUUGGAAAGAAUACAGCAGAGGUGAUUCAAGGUAUGCCUCUUUCGACUCUGCAAUUGUUGCUGUCGAAGGAGUAACAGCCGUCAUUGAAGGCCCUGCUUGCCUAUUAGCAGCGUAUGCUAUAGCAACCCGCAAAUCCUAUAGGUAUGUUCUUCAGCUGGCUGUAUCUCUUGGGCAAUUCUAUGGUCUCGUGAUAUAUUAUAUAACCGCAAUAUUGGAAGGGGACCAUUUCUCUGUGAGUCCAUUGCACUACUAUGCAUAUUACAUUGGAGCAAAUUCACCAUGGGGAAUCAUACCGUUCCUCAUAAUCAUCAGAUGUUGGAGAAAAAUUUGUGAAUCUGAGGGUAGAAGUAAGAUAAAAACCAAAUGAAACUUAAGCAGCAGUUUAGUUGAUGUUACAUGAUCCUUUUUUUUUUUUUUUUUUUUUUUUUGCACAC